GAAAAGGCGCGAGUCCGGGCGGAGGAGCCAGGGCUGCGCCUGACGCCGAGAUGUCCCAGGAGGAGACCCCCGCCAGCGCUGCCCCCCAGACGCCCCAGGAGGGCUCCAGCUCCUCUUCCAGCGGGACGCAGGGCACCAGCCAGUCUUCCUCCAGCUCCGGCACCCUCAGCUCCAUGGACACCCUCCCCACCCAGGACCUGCCUUCCAUCCCGGAGGACCAGGAGCCCGGCGAGCCCUCGCCGCAGCCCUGGGGACGCCUCUUCAGCCUGGCAAAGGGCUUCCCCAACUGUGACUGCGUCAAGAAUGAGUACUGGUUCGGCAGAGACCCGAGUUGCGAUUACAGCUUUGCUAAGUUGAAUUUGGCAGAGACGGACCUCUACAAGCAAUACAGCAAGAAGCAUUUCCGCAUCUUCAGAGAACCAGGAACCUGCUCUGUGACCUACAUUGAAGACCAGAGUGCCAAUGGGACCUUCAUCAAUGGGAAAAUAAUUGGUAAGGGCCGAAAGCUUCCCUUGGCUCAUGUAGCUGAAAUUGCCCUCUCCCUGCCCCAGAACAAAGUGUUUGUGUUCUCUGACCUCAUGGACGAUCAUCAGUCGGAGUAUCCCCAGGAGCUCAGGGACAAAUAUAUCAUAUCAAAACAAUUGGGCAGUGGUGCCUGCGGAGAGGUGAAGCUGGCCUUUGAACGCGUCACCUGUAACAAAGUUGCUAUCAAAAUAAUAAAUAAGCGGAGGUUUAUGGCGGAUGUUUUGCCAGAGAAUCAGAACAAGCCUUUUAAUGUGGAAACAGAAGUGGAGAUUCUAAAGAAGGUCGAUCAUCCCUGCCUAAUCAAGAUAAUAGACUUCUUCGAAGGCGAAGACUUUUACAUUGUAUUGGAAUUGAUGGAAGGUGGGGAGCUGUUUGACAAAGUCGUGCCCCCAGCAAGACUGAGUGAAGCAACCUGCAAGCUUUAUUUCUACCAGAUGCUGUUGGCCGUGCAGUACCUUCAUGAACAUGGCAUUAUUCAUCGGGACUUAAAACUGGAGAACGUGCUUUUAGCGUCUCGUGAAGAGAAUUGCCUUAUAAAGAUUACAGAUUUCGGACAAUCCAAAAUUCUUGGAGAAACCUCGCUCAUGAAAACUUUAUGUGGUACGCCCGACUAUCUUGCUCCCGAAGUUCAAAAUUUUGCCGGGACGGUUGGAUAUGGACGUUCGGUGGAUUGCUGGAGUCUAGGAGUGAUUCUCUUUAUGUGCCUCUCCGGCUAUCCACCCUUCUCCAGUAAAAAUACUCGGCUGUCUCUGAGAGAGCAGAUCGCCAGAGGAGACUACUUCUACUGUGCAGAAAUAUGGCAGCACGUGUCGAAAGAAGCUUUCGACCUCGUGCAGAAGUUGUUAGUGGUGGAUCCACAAAAGCGCUUUAAAAUAGAAGAGGCCUUGGAGCACCCCUGGCUUCAGGACGAAAAUAUGAAGCGCACUUUUCAACGGUUAAUCCCUCAGACACAGGAUUCUGUGCUUACACCUGAGCCUCCAACUUUGCUACCCAGAAGCAGAAAACGCCGCCUUGCUGAGCAAGAAGAGGCAGGGCCCUCCAAGGUUCAAAAAGCCAACUGACGGUUUUAACAGCUGCUGUGCUUGUAUUUUUUAUAUAGAUAGAUA